CUACUCACUCUUCUUUUCUCCCCGUUGAGCUGAAAAUCAGGAUUUCUGUUCGGACCUCGAAGGGUCCGACUUUUUCUCUGGUAAAAAAAAUUUUUGCCAUUCACCGCACGCUGCGUCUGGCUUUCGCUCACAGCUGCCGCGGCCGUGGUUGUUGUGGCCUUCGCUCUCCACGAGCUUCUCCGAACGCAGCGGACGGCACCGGCGCCGGAGGUCGGCAAAGGCGCCUUUCACAAGGUGGAAACCUUUUGCAUCUCACAAGGUGGAAACCUUUUGCAUCUAACAAGAGUUCGGAAAAGGAAUAGGAAGUUUCUUUAAACAUAAUGGGAAGAGUUAAAUUAAAAAUCAAGAAGUUGGAAAAUAGCAAUGGCAGACAAGUCACAUACUCCAAAAGAAGGGCAGGGAUUGUGAAGAAAGCUAAGGAACUUUCAAUACUAUGUGACAUUGAUAUCAUCCUUCUUAUGUUUUCACCAACUGGAAAAGCUACAUUAUGCCAUGGAGAGAGAAGUGCUAUUGAAGAUGUUAUUGGAAGGUUUGCUCAAUUAACCCCUCAAGAGCGAGCAAAAAGCAGGAAGUUGGAGAGCCUGGAAGCACUUAAGAAGACCUUCAAGAAGUUGGACCAUGAAGUAAAUAUUCAAGACUUCUUGUGCACAAGCUCGCCAACGGCGGAGGAGUUGAAUAACCAGCUAAAGAUGUUGCAAGCACGCUCAUCUGAGUUGAACAAGAGAUUAAGGUUUUAUCUCUAUUUUAGCUACUGGGUUGACCCAGACAAGAUCAGCAGUUCUGACAGAAUUAGAGCAAUGCAUGAGUCUCUGAAAGAAGCUUUAAGACAGCUUCAUACCUGCAAGGAAAAUUUGAAAAAGCAACAGUUUUUGCCAGUAGAAUGCAGUAAUCAGUUUGAGAGUGGAAUACAUUUGCCUUUGGGUUUGACCACUGAACAACAAGGCAACUCUUUAUGUUGGCUUCCAAAUCAAGAUGCAACACAGCUAAUGUUGAAUGAGGAUCCACACUUGGUAUUAGGACCACGAGAAGUUGAGUGCUCCUCAGAAGCUCCUUUUCCAAGCUUUUCUUCUUAUUUGGAAAUGGGAAAGCAUAUAGAGAUGGAACAGCCAAGGUCAUGUGAUACACUGAACGAGGUAAACAGAAGCUCAUGCCUCAGUUUGCAACUUGGAGCUUUUUACCCUUACCACCCAUAUAACCAGAAUCAUGAUUUUCUUGGAGAAAAGAAGUUCAAGGAUGAAAUGGAGAUGAACAUUCAAGGUUCAUCAAUGGAUUAUCGAGUUCCUAACUUUGGAACACCGAGUUAUGACAAUAACAUGAGCAAUUGGGCUUCCACAUCUGACAAUUGUGCAGUUUCACUUUUUGAUGAGAACUCGUUCCAGCAACAGCAAAACUGAACGACCGGCAUAGCUUUCUGCCGCCUUCAGAGGUAGCUCUUGUAGAUUGCUUACUCCCCGGAUGGAGGUCAAUCAAAUGUACAGUGCGUUAUCAAAAAGUGAUCAUAAUAGCUGAAUUGUAUUCUUAUCAACGUGCUGUUGAAGGCCAGCAAGAGUGGGCGCAUGUAAUGACUACUCAACUACAUUGUUAUAUAUGUAUGCUUCAUACAUCUCGUUUUAGAACAUGGGUGCGGCACAGGGUUGUGGACAGUGAAGUAAAGGUGCCAGAGUUGUUGAACAUCAACCUUCACUGUAGAAAAGUCUUUGUUUUCCUUCCCUGUGAAUGUAAAACCCUAUUAAUCCCGGGUACAUGUCCUGUAAAGGAGGGUUGUCUUCAUUCUCCAAGUGACAUGAAGUUUACAAUUUUUUUUUUGUAAGGGCAAGUUGCUCAUCUAUGAAUAAGGCAUAUUUGGGUUCCCAUUUUUUGGAUUCAACAAGUUGUAAUAAUUUUUCCUUCU